GUGAUUUGAUUGGCGAGGUUAACCUCAAGCCGAGGAUAUUGCACAACAACCCUACAAUUCUCGCACUUUUGUUUUCUCAGUAGCAGGGAAGGACUUACGCCCGCAUAGCUCUUGCCAAUCAUUUCAGAUAACAAAAAACAACUGUACACUAACCAAAUGCAAAAGACAGGCCAGUAAAAAUGUCACCUGUAAAAACACUCAUUGGCUGCUUAGCAGUAAUGGGGGCCGUUCAGGCCAAGGAAGGGAACGGAGGACCCCCACCAGACCCACCUCCAGAUGGACAAGGUAUACUUCAAAUACCACCUCAAGAAAGUCAGAGCUCUGAGCAAGAUGUUGGAACCCAAACACAACAACUGCAACCUAAGCGACUGUCGCUCUUCAAACAGCAUCAGCAGCAACAAAGAAACCAUCAACAACAUGGGUUGCGGCGGGUGAAAACUAUGGACGACAGUCAAGCCAUGUUUGACAUACGUGUGAAGUUCAUCUGGAAGAAGUAUGAAGGUCUUCAACACGAUCCUCUUAGGUUCCAACUUCUUCACACACACAAAGAAUCGACAGAACAAGUGAAGUUGAUCCAGCAGAAGAAUGAAGCUCUUCAAGCAGAUCAAUUCAUAUUCCAACGUCUUGCGAAUGAAAUUGCAGCUGCAGAACAAGUGAAGUUGAUCCAGCAGAAGAAUGAAGCUCUUCAACCAGAUCAACUCAACUAUUUGACUCAAUUAAAGCUUGCAAGUGUUUCUGUGAUCCUGAUUGCGCUGACGUCUGUCCUGAUUCAGAAGAUGCUGUCCCCAGGCCAACAAUCUAAUCAGAGGACCAUACAGAUACUACAAACUAAGUCCAUAGAGACUGAGUCACGAGACGAAGCUCAACGAACAGAACAACGUCAACCACAACGACAAAGACAACAUCUACAGAGAGCCCGACCUCAAAGAAGCACCUGCUAUGAUACCAAGAUACCUGUCAGUGCGGUUCCUUGGGGCCAGAGUGUGGACAUCCUGAAGACACAAGGCAUCCAGGCCAGAACAGCACAGCUACUAUCCGGCAUCAUAACACAGCUUCAAGCAGCAGCAACAGAGAGUGCCACAACUGCUUGUAAGCACCGACUCCUUGACACAUGUGCAGGUGGCCUUCGGGCUGCGGCACUGUGCUAAGUGUCUCAACCACCAAAACAACAUUUAUGAAAUAUUGUUGACAGUUUUACCUUGCCCUAUUAUCAGUAACCUCAAAUGUAAAUUUGUUGUUUCAUUUGUAAGUUAUCCAUGAAAUAUCCCUUUCAGUUUUAUUUGAAAGCAUUUUGACCAAAGUAAGAACACAAGUUCAUUUUGAGAAAAUUGAUUUGUGGUUAUCUCCUUUAUUGAAAAUUAACAAAUUUCACAAUUCUGUACAUGAAUAUGUUUUUCUUGAUUUUAUAGGGCAACAAUACACAACAAAAAUGUUUUGAAAUACUUGAUGUGAUGUAAGAUCUAUUGAUUUUGUAUCCCUAAAUAUUUAAGAGCAUUGGUCUGUGUUUAAUUGACAUAUAAAAUCAUUGGAAAUAUUUUCAAAUAUUUGUAAGCCUUCCAUCGAUCCCAUAUUUUGCAGCAUUGUUAAAACUGUCAUCAUUGUUUCAAGACCUCUCUGUAAUCAGUGUUCGUUACAUUUCAUUGACAAACGAGAAAAUAUCAGUCCUUGACUGAUCCUAUCCCUCCAUUCUAUAGCUUUCAUUGUCACCAACUUUCGUCGGACAUUGAUUACAAAGGAAUAGCGUUCAAACUGUUGAUAUUGUAUUCUAUUUUCUCAUGUAAAUAUAUUUGAUAUGUACAUAUAUGAUAUUCCUUGACAGCUGCCAUCAUCUUACGAAUACUCUUCUUUAUGGAAUAAUAGCCAACAAUGUUUUAACUGAUAGUUGAAAAAUAUUAUGUUGAGAUAUGUUGAUACUUUUUCAACAUUAUAUAUAAUAGGAGUGAAACAAAUAUUUUUGGUACAUUUAUCUCAGAUUACAAAGUAGACACAAUUCAUGGGUAACAACUUCUUUAAUAUGUGGAAUAGCGUUAGAAGUUGUUAUCCAUAAAUUGUGUCUAAUUUGUCAUGUGUCAAACAGGUCAUACAGCUCAGCUUCUCAAAUGUUCGUAGGGGAACUGUAAUCGUGCUGGUCUUGUAUUUGAAAAAGGGAGCCUCUUUAGUUUAAAUAAUGAAUUUUACACACAUGUAGCAAGUUUGUGAAAUGUAGUGAAAUUUAUUAUCUUAAAGUUAAGACUGAAACAUUUGUUGUCGGUAAUAAGUAUUCAUUGCUCCUUCUGUGCUUCCUCUGAUGAGAGCUCGCACUAGACACAAAAAUACCUGUGUCUCAAAGAAGCUUGAAACAUUGCUUAAAAUUGACUUCGUUCAGGAUUACAUCUGAACAGUUUAUAGAGGAUGAGCAGAGACCGUGGGAUCCCUAUUUCUAACAUCUUUAAGUUAUUUAUCUGGGCAGCGGAUCAGCUCUGUCACCAACUACUUCCAUCAUGGCUGCUGUUGUGGUCAGUUGACCAGUGUUGAGCCCUUUUUAGCCAGUACAAGAGUAAUUUAUUCGGGCUAGAUGACCAAUUUUCAAGAGUGAGAAAUUAUCUCGCUUCUUAAAUACCUUUGUGUAUGUUGACAUGUGUGUCACAUGUAGCAUCCGGUAAUGAUCAGAAACAGAAAUUUUACAGUUUUGAUUCACUUAAAUGACCAGACAGGUUAUUAGGAUUGUCAUUUGGAUGGUGGUGUUUUCAGAGUUUGGAUAUUUCAACAAGGGGUAUCCACUAUCAUACAGCUCAAGGGUUACAGUGGUGGUUUAUCUGUGUGAAGUCCAGUGCAAGAAUAUCACCUGUCCUGACUGUGUAGUGCCUGCCUGAAGGGAUGAACUCUUUCUGUUCCCCCUGCCUUCAGCUGACACCUGGUGUGUGUACAAAAGGCUUUGGCUGGGCCAUUUCUCCCUUUUGUUGUCAGGGUGCCAAAGACUUUGGUCUAUCCCUGGAUUAGGGUGCAAAGGCUUUGGUGUAGCCCUGUAUCUGGGUGCCAAUGGCUUUGAUCUGGCCCAUGGGUCAGGGUGCCAAUGGCUUUGGUCUGGUCACUGGGUCAGGGUGCCAAUGGCUUUGAUCUGGCCCAUGGGUCAGGGUGCCAAUGGCUUUGGUCUGGUCACUGGGUCAGGGUGCCAAUGGCUUUGGUCUGGUCACUGGGUCAGGGUGCCAAUGGCUUUGGUCUGGUCCAUGGGUCAGGGUGCCAAUGGCUUUGGUCUGGUCCAUGGGUCAGGGUGCCAAUGGCUUUGGUCUGGUCACUGGGUCAGGGUGCCAAUGGCGUUGGUCUGGUCCAUGGGUCAGGGUGCCAAUGGCUUUGAUCUGGUCCAUGGGUCAGGGUGCCAAUGGCUUUGGUCUGGUCACUGGGUCAGGGUGCCAAUGGCUUUGGUCUAGCCCUAGGUCAGAGUGCCAAAGGCUUUGGGCUAGCUCUCGGUCAAGGCACUAAAGGUUUUAAUCUGGUGCUCGAUCAGGGCUUUGGUCUGGUUUCUGGGUCAGAUCCCAAAGGCAUUGGUCUGGUCUGUGGGUCAGUGUGCCAAAGGCAUUGUUGGGAGUCAUGUGACCAGAUGCUAUUGCCAGGCAGGUAGUGACACUUUAAAGGUUCAUUUGAUGGUGGAUACCCCUUGUUAUUUGAGUUCAAAUUGUAGAGUCCAAGGAGAGGGAGUAUGUCACUGAGUUUAAAAUUAUAAGGAAACAAGUACAGGUGUCAGUUGAAUAUUGUCUUGAAUAAGUAAAAUUGAUCAGAGGUUUAGUAUGAUUUGAGGACAUGUAAGAUACUUAAUUUGAGAGUAUGUUGUUUAGCGCCGCAAUAUGACGGCGGUUAAAUAUAUUGGCUACAAUAUUGGUAACAUUUAUUCCGUGGAAGUGGGUUUGUUUGCUAGUGUAUGACAACUAGGUAUAAGUGGAGAAGUAGAAAUAGGGAUCCCAACAACUCUGUUCCUGCAAUGUAAGGUCACAGACCGGCACGAUAUUGAGAAUUCGAUUUCCCCAUGCGACAUUAUUGAAGCUGAGCUAUACAAGAGUAUUUAUCGUGUUUUGCAAAUCAGUAAGCUACACUGACGGCAGCUGUCAAGGAAUACGACAUUGAACGCUAUAUCCUUCAGAGGAUACAUUCAUAAUACAUUUCUGCAUACUGUACUUGCCAUUAUCCCAAUAUGAGCAGUCUGAAAAAGACGGACUGGCUACGCCAUUUGUACCUUGAAGGGA